AUGGUCCAGGCAGAGCCUCGUCUCGACGAUGUCGACGCGAAGAUCCAUCCGGCCAGCGCAGACCGCAUUACCGCGAGUGCAGGUGCCCGCACGGAUACCCUCACCUGGUUUAGCCCGCCGGUCGAGGCGGUUGCCCGGGGUGUGGCCGCUGAGCAGAGCCCAGCUACGUGGAGCCACAGGUGAGAGUAAGGUGCCAGCAAAUGGACGCUAGGCGAAGUCUCACGUGCAAGCAAGUGAGCGACCACUAUGACCAUCACGUGAACCCACCGCUGACACCCCUACACCCCACACACACGCGCACACGCACACGCACACACACACCCGUUCUCAUAGCCCCAACCGCUCGCACCGCCCUCGUGGGUUCAAUUAUAACAUGUGCCCACAUACUUAUCUGUGGUAAGCCAUAGCAUGACAAAUUUCAUAACCAAACAGCCCUCACUGCUAUGUGCACCGCACACGAACGCGUUCCAGGGUGCAAACCGCAGGCAUGGAACAAGCACCCCCACACACCGUGUACUUUAACAUAUAUGCGACCCCGGAAGUCCAUCCCCAUCCUGUGAAAUCCUGGUAUCGUGAGAAGGCAUAUCGCGGGUGCGGUACGCGCAGUCGGGCUGCCUAGUUUUAUCAGAUAUAGCGCCCGAUCCCGCACUAGUUGACGGACCGGCUCAGAUAGUGGACUGGAUCCUGGGAGAGGGAAGAGAGAGAGUGAAAUCAACUGCCUCAGCACAUAUCUCUUAUUACAAACAACCUGAAGGACUUAAGUUUAACAUUGAGCGCCAAAAGCCGUGAUUUGGAAGGCUGCCAACCGGCGGCAUAAUUCGAUUUUCCUCUCAGGACAGAGAGCCGGGCUGCAAUAACUCGUUCUUAAUGUGGCGUCUAUGACACACCUAUUACGUAUGGACUCUGGACACUCCCACUUCUUGUUAUGUGAAACCCUGUUCUUUCGCGCGUAGACCAGGGGGGUCUGGGUCACUCCGGGCCGGCCGCCUAUGCCCGAAAUCACUGUUUGUCAUAAUGGAAGAACGAGCGCGAAAUUGUUAGUUCAAUAGUUCCUGUAAAACAUUUCGUCGACAAAGUGAGAAUGAGGUUGUAGCAGCCGCUCCAGUUCCCCUUUCCUCCGGCUCCGUUUUGUCGAACAAUGGCCGCGACAGCUGUUGAUACACGGCCACCCCCGCUGGCUAGAACUGGGACAGCUCCGGUCCAACUACAAACUUUCAUCACCUCACGCGCGUCUAACGCUCUGGCCUGAUACCCGUGAGGCCUUGUGAGCAUGCGCUCCUAUUCCUCCCCUAAUUUGUCCAAUCACACGACCAACACUCAGCUAAUCACUCCCCCCUGCUGACACAGAUACUCACUUCAGCGUAAACAACACACCGCGACUGACGCACUCCGUGAACGGAUGCUUAGCUCUGUUGCGAGCAAACAGCCAACUUACGGCAAUCUGCCCUGUGUACAGAAUAAACUAUUCCUCACAGCUCCCUGACUGCUGAUAUUAAACGAAACGAACUUAUUGUGCGUGGUUUAAGUUGAUCUCACAUCCCUGAUCGCCACACGGUCAAACAACGUGCAAAAGAACCACACAUGCCUAAACCUCCAAGCCCCCUCGCAGCUUAUUAGAAUGGCCGUUCCCACUGCCAGUGUGAAAUGUCCCUUUGCCUUUAAACGAUCCGGUGGGCGAUCAACCUAAAAAGGAAGACACCUCCGGACGCUCUUUAACUGGACAUCGGCCUCUGGCAUCUCUUCCCUAGGGUCUUUGUUGUUACUGACAUUCUCCGUGCCAUUCUCGGCAUAGAAUAUCUCGCCGCUUUCUAUCUUAUGGUCGAUUUCUGUCAGUCCCGUCCAAAGGACCAAACUACCAAGCUCAGUACCCGGGGUAAACUUUCGUCUGAAGUGUCCCGUCAAUUAGCUGUCCUGGGCACUGACCCACAUUGUCCAUUUCAGCAACUCCCCGCCAAAUACCCCGAGUUAACUCAUUCCCAAUUCAACGCGCGGCUCCACCACACACCUUUCCUCAUAUCCAUACCACUGGCCCUCGCGUGUUUUCUCGGUCCCGUCGUCUCUCACUUGCACAACCGUCUGCCGUCAAGACCGAGUUCGAACAUAUGCUUGAAGGGGCAUCAUCCCUGAAUUUGAAAGCCAUUGCGCCUCCCCCUCCCCUGGUUCCAAAGGCUGCCACUGGUGACUGCCGCUCCUGCUGUGAUAACAGAACCCUGUAAAAGGUCUGCCGUUGUGGACCGUUGCCCUGUCCCGCAUCUUUAGGAUUUUGUAGGUGACCUAUUAGGCAAAUCUGAGUUUUCGAAGAUCGACCUGGUCCGGGCCUGCCAUCGGAUUCCAUUGAUUGGAAGGACGUUUCAAAGGCGGCAGUUAUUACUCCUUUUGGCCUCUUUCAGCCCCUGCAUAUGCUGUUUGGACUUCGCAACGAUUCCCAGGUCUUCAGAGGUUCGUAGACAAAGUGCUUGGUAGCCUACUUUUUGCCUACCUCCGUAAUGACGGACGCAGGGUGGCCAACUCCUCCACCAAGAAAACACAGGAAACACCUCGCAGUGGUGUUUAAUUUUCGCCACGGAUUUGGCAUUUUUCGCAACCCAUGCAGGCGCGUUUGUUGGCGUUCCCUCUCUCGGAUUCCUUGGACACCUGGUUGACUCAAACGACAUUAACCUUCUUCAUUAAAAGAUCGCGGCUAUCUGUAAAUUUCCCCCUCUCAGUUCCAAGCGUCAACUGUAGUGCUUUCUUAAAAGAUUUAUUUCUGUUGCCGGUUCCUCCUUAACUGUUACGACACCAUUCUGCAGCCUACGGACCUCUUAUUGGGUUCCAAACGCUCGUUUGAGCCGUCUGAGGACGCCGUUGCUGCUUUUAACAAGGUAAAAGCUAUCCUUGCCGACGCCACCUUCUUGAUUCUCCCAUCUCUCUCAUGGUCGACGCCUCCGAUUUUGUAGUCGGUGCCAUUCUCUAACAGCAGUUUGCUGGUCACAUCAAACCCUUGACUUUAUUAUCCAGGAUGUAAUAACCUGCCGAAUCACGCCACAGCACGCUCGAGUGGGCGCUGCUUGCCGUCUGCCUCGCCAUGAAACACUUCCGGCACUUCACUGAAAAUAGGGAUUUCACCGCCUUCUCCAAUAUCAAGUCCCUUUUCUCCACUCUCAUGUCCACUUGCGACAAGCUCAAUCCCCGCGAAAUUCACCAGCUAGACUACAUCUCAAAGUUUACUUCAUACGUCAGCGAAAUCGACAAUUCACGCAAUGAGGUGGCUGACGCACCGUCCAGGCCCUCAUCCUAGAUAUUCAACUUUCUCUCAGGAUCGACCUAGCUAAAAUGACUGCUGAACAACGCCGUGUUGGUUCUUCCUAUGCCGAAGACUUCUCCGAAGUCCAACUCCAGAACCUCCCACUGACCAUUGGAGACGGAACCAUUAUCUGCGACGUCUGCACCGCCUCCCACCGUCUCAUUGUGUCACCAUCUCUCCGCCCCAUGGUCUUCUCCUCGCUGCACAACCUUUUUUAA